AUGGAGCCGCCGCCGCCGUUCCGCCAUCGCGCCGCGUGGGGCCGCGGGGCGCCUCCGGAUCCGGCCGCCUCUCGGCUUCCGGCCCCCGCCCGCGGGGCGCCUCCGGGCCCGGCCUUCCCUCGGGCCGAACUGGGCCGCGGUUUCCCCGCCCGGCCCUGCCCGCCCCGCGGCCCGGAUCCCGCGCUCGGCCCGGAGCCGCUCUCGUCCCUCCUGUGGAGUUUGGGCUUCGGCACGCGGCCUCCCUCCUCACCGCAGCCGGCAGAGCGGCCGCUCGGUCGCGGUGCUCUCAGUCCCGCUGCGGACGCCGCGCUGCCCCCCAGGCCGGACGGCAGCGACGCAGAGCUGGGGGCCGCGCUGCCCAGCCGCGGCCGCGGUGGAGGGGACGUGCUGCCCGUCACCGCCCCUGAGGGAACCGCAGGGUUGUGCUCUGCUGAGCUGUGCCCUCCUGCGUCCGGAACCCAGGCUGCGGCACCGCCGGGACCCCCCAGGGCUGCCAGCAAACAAGCCCCCACUACGAAGCCGAAGGGAACGGCUGUGCCCGUGGGGCUGAACUUGGUGCAGAUCCAUUGCCAGAACGACGCCGUCUAUCAGUACCACGUCACCUUCAGCCCCGAGGUGGAGUGCAGGAGCACUCGCUUUGCCAUGCUGAAGGAGCAGCGGGCGGCGACGGGAGAUGUGACGGCGUUUGACGGCUCCAUCCUCUUCCUGCCCAUCCUGCUGCCUCAGCCGCUCAGCCUGAAGGCGCUCAGGAGGACGGACGGCGAGGAGAUCAGCAUCACCAUCCAGAUCACCAAAGUGCUGGAGCCCAGCUCCGACCUCUGCAUCCCCUUCUACAACGUGGUGUUCCGCAGAGCCAUGAGGAUCCUGGACAUGAAGCUGGUGGGCAGGAAUUUCUACGACCCGUCCAAGGCCAAUGUGCUGCAGCGCUACAGGCUGCAGAUUUGGCCCGGUUACUCCGUCAGCAUCCGCAAAAAGGACGGCGGGCUCUUCCUGAUGGUGGACACCGUCCAUAGGAUCAUCCGGAGCGAAUCCGUGCUGGCUUUGAUGCACUCCAUCUGCAAGCAGAGCCCCGGCAGCUUCCACGACGAGUGCACCAAGCAGCUGGUGGGCAGCACGGUGCUGACGCGCUACAACAACCGCACGUAUCGCAUCGACGACAUCGACUGGGAAAAGACCCCCAGGGACAGCUUCACGUUGGGCAGCGGGGAGCAGAUCACCUUCGUGGAUUACUACAGCAAAACGUACGGGAUCACAGUGCGGGAGUUGGAGCAGCCGCUGCUCAUCCACAGGCCCAAGGAGAAGCUGAUGCCGGGGGGCAAGCCCCAGCUGGACAUGGUGCUGCUGCUGCCGGAGCUCACCUUCCUGACCGGCAUCUCGGAGAUCAAGAAGGACGCCCGCAUGCUGAAGGACGUGACGCAGGAGAUGCUGCAGAGCCCCCAGCAGCACUACGAGUCUCUGUGCAGCUUGCUGCGCCGCAUUCAGUGCAACCGGGAGGCGCUGCAGGAGCUGACGCGCUGGGGGCUCGUCCUGAGCGCCGACAUCCACACGACCCAGGGACGCGUCCUGCCCUCGGAGCGCGUCAACCUGCGGCACUGCUCCUUCGUCCCCGCCGAGGACGCGAGCUGGAGCAAGGAGGUGGUGCGGGAGGCCGCCAUCGCCACGGUUGACGUGAACUGCUGGCUGCUGGUUUACCCGCGGCGCCUGCAGGACGCGACCAAGAAUUUGGUGGCUCUGAUGAGGAGCACCUGCGGCCCCAUCGGCAUGCACAUCAGCCAGCCCGCCCUGGUGGAGCUGAAGGACGAGCGCCUCGAGACCUACGUCCGAACCAUCCGCAGCAUCCUGGGCAACGAGGACAAAGUGCAGCUGCUGCUGUGCAUCACCAGCAGCACCAAAGCGGACGUGUACAGCGCCGUCAAGAAGCUGUGCUGCGUGCACAGCCCAGUGCCCUCCCAGGUCAUCAACGCUCACUCCCUCCUGGGCCACUCGGCCAAGCUGAGGAGCAUCGUGCAGAAGGUGCUGCUGCAGGUGAACUGCAAGCUGGGCGGCGAGCUGUGGGGGGUGGACGUCCCUCUGAAGCAGCUGAUGGUGGUCGGGAUGGACGUGAGCCACGGCAGAGGGACGCGCUCCGUCAUCGGCUUCGUGGCCAGCACCAACCAGUUGCUGACCCGCUGGUUCUCCCGCGUCGUGUUCCAGCUGCCGCAGCAGGAGAUCGCCGACAGCCUGCGCCUCUGCCUGGCCAACGCGCUGCAGCAGUUCCACGAGGUGGGGGCACAGCUGGGGGCGCCCGGCACCAAACGGCCCCACGGCUCUGAGCCCUGC